GGCAGCAGGGUCGUGCAUGGAAUGGAAAUAAAAGAGAAAAAAAAAAAAAACAAAAAAAAAGACGAAAAGAGAAAACCUUCUUUCCACCCACAAUCAAUCCUACUUUCACUUUUCCUUUUUCAGGCAGGUUUCAAGUUUCAACCGGUUUCCACCGGCAAUCAUAUUUGAACAUCAAUGAAAAAAAUAUCUUAACACAUCUCUCAUUGUUAUGUUAUCUGCUACACCUACGAGUACCAGGAGCCAUUAAUGUUUUCACCAAACACUCUCUCAUACCCUGUCUUCUUUUUUUUUUUUCUUUUCAUUCUUUGAAUUAGCACUUUAAACACUUCAGAAUCAAUUCCUAGCUUGUACCUAAGCUUUAUCAAAUACAAUUAAUUUUGUGAGAAUCGCUUCUUCCAUCCAAACGCUUUCCUUCUGAUAAGUCGGUUAAUAGUGUUGUCAAAUAGCGGCGGAAUUUGAACAAAUCACUAUUGCUUGACGAUCUGCUAUUUAGUACCAAGUGUUGUCAAGUAGCCGCUAUUGCUGCGUUAUUGUGUGGUAGGAUAGUGGAAUUUAAACAAAUCACUAUUGCUUCGCGAUCUGCUAUUUAGUACAAAGUGUCGUCAAGCGGCCACUAUAGCUGUGUCACUGUGCGGUAGCAUAACGGAAUUUGAACAAAACGCGAGUUUUAGCGAUUUGCAAUUAACAACAUUGGUGAAAGCUCAAAGUUAAGUAUCGGAAUGAAUCAAGUUGAUAAUGGUAUUAUAAAUCCCAAAGAUGAAAUUGAAGAAUCUAAUGGGAGUCAAGUGAAGGGGUUUGCUUCUAUAGAUAUUCCACAUACUCAAGAAACAAUUCCAACCAAUGAAAAUCUUCACAGAAAUUUCCUCAAAUUUGGUUCUGCAUCUGCUAAAUUCAAACAGUUUGCUACUGAGAAAGACCAGAUUUCACAGUCUGUGCCUUCUCCGCAUUCCGAUAGCCUAAAAUCACGUUUUGGAACGAUGUUCGGUCAGAAACUUGAAUGGAAUUCAGUCAAGAAAAUGUGCAUGGAAUGGAUCAAAAACCCAAUGAACAUGGCCCUUUUCGCGUGGAUAAUCUGUGUCGCUGUUUCGGGUGCAAUUCUGUUCUUUGUCAUGACAGGAAUGUUGAAUAAUAUGCUAAAAACAAAGUCUGAGAGGAACACAUGGUUUGAAGUAAAUAACCAAAUACUAAAUGCACUCUUCACACUUAUGUGUUUGUAUCACCAUCCAAAGAGGAUCCACCAUCUUGUUCUUUUGUGCAGAUGGAGACCAAAUGACAUUUAUAAACUUAGAAUGAUUUACUGCAAAAAUGGAACUUAUAAGCCUCAUGAAUGGACACAUAUAAUGGUAGUGGUUAUUCUCCUUCAUGUUAACUGUUUUGCUCAAUAUGCACUUUGUAGUCUAAACUUAGGAUAUAAAAGGUCUGAUAGACCUGCUAUUGGAGUUGGAAUUACUAUAUCCGUUGCAAUUGCAGCACCGGCAAUAGCUGGAUUGUACACUAUUCUUAGUCCACUUGGAAAAGACUAUAAUGAUUGUAUGAUGGAUGAGGAAUCACAGGUUCAAUUUGAGAAAAAUUAUGCAUUUGCAUCUAAAGAUCAACAAGGCGGAGUUAUAGAAAAUAGACCAAGUUGGAGUGGAGGAAUACUUGACAUUUGGAAUGAUUUAUCUUUAUCAUAUCUCUCACUUUUCUGCACUUUUUGUGUCUUUGGAUGGAACAUGGAAAGACUUGGAUUUGGAAACAUGUAUGUUCAUAUAGCUACUUUCAUGCUAUUUUGUAUGGCUCCUUUUUGGAUAUUUGUAUUAGCUUCUGUUAACAUUGAUGAUGACAAUGUUAGACAAGCUCUAGUAGCUUUUGGAAUCAUUCUUUGUUUUUGUGGUUUCCUUUAUGGUGGAUUUUGGAGGAUUCAAAUGAGAAAGAGGUUUAAUUUACCUGCUUAUGAUUUCUGUUUUGGAAAACCUUCAGUUUCUGAUUGUGCACUUUGGUUAUGCUGUUGUUGGUGCUCUCUUGCACAAGAAGCUAGGACUGGGAAUAGUUAUGAUAUCUUGGAAGAUAAGCUAUGUAUGAAAGAAAUUGAUACUUGUGAUCAAGUUUCAAUUUCAUCUUUGGAUAGAGAAGAUGUAGUAGUAUCAACCAAAUCUGGCACAAGUUCUUCUCUUGAAAGAGAUAAAGAUGGAACAAUGAAUCCACCAAUAGCUUUAGUAAUACAAAAAGAAGGUUCUGCAUAACUACAAUGUAUGAGAUGAUCCCUUAAAUUUUUGUAUUCAACAAUUUCUGUUAGGAUAAGGAUUUUAGUUAUUGAGUAACCAUCAGAUUAUAUAUUUAAUUGCUUAUAUGUCUGUGUGAAUAGUAGAUGUUGUGUGUGUUUUCCUUUACAAGAAAAUCAUAUGAAAUAUAUAAAAGACAUAAUCAUAUAUGAACUGAUUGUUGAGUGUUUUACAACCUGUGAAUGUAACUUUAAUUUAUCAAGUAGUGAAAAUGUU